AUGCCCGACAAAGUCUACGGUGUCAGCCUAGGAUCCUGGCUAAUUCUCGAGUCUUGGAUGUUACCAGAAGGAAUUUUUGAGUGGAUCCGUAUGGGUGGCGAACUAUGCGACGACCGCACCCAAUGUAUCUCCGCAGAAUUCGAACUUGCUCGUGCAUACCCUGACACAGUGGACGAAGUAUUUGACACACAUUGGUCUUCGCGGUUCAACCAAGACGAUGUCCGUGACCUAGUAGAAGUAGGCAUAAAUACUGUUCGCAUUCCGCUGGGCUAUUGGAUCAUCGAGGCUCUUGUAGAUCGCAAGACCGAGUUCUAUCCGCGAGGAGGGAUACACCAUCUUAAACGUGGAUUAAGGCAGCUCAAAGACGCUGGUAUCAUGUCUAUUCUUGAUCAUCACGGACUUCCAGGCGUUCAGAGUCCAAAUCAUACAUUCACCGGAAGGUGUACAUCGGACGCCGAGUUCUUCACUGAGUAUAACUACCAUCGUGCCCUUGUUUGGACUGCGGUCAUAACUACUCUUUCCCACCUUGAUCCAGACUUCAGCAAUGUCGUUUCCAUCGAGGCAGUGAACGAACCCACCAGGGAUGCCACUCAGACUCCGGGAUAUGGCGGUUUCCAGAAGAAUUUCGUUCAGGUAGUGCGCGCAGUUGAACUCACAUUGGGCAUCAAUGUCCCUUGGUCUGAGCCGAAUAUAACCACCACAGAUACAUCUAACUUUACGGUAGCCUUGGAGAACACCGCUUCUUCAUCAUCCUUGGACUCUGAAGUUCGGUCUGUCCUCUCAGAUGCAGUACCGAUCCUCGUCGAACUUACUUACAAUAACCCCUCCAACCCGAGGGAUGCACAGAUAGGACCUCAGUUUUAUGACGAUCAUUUAUACUAUCUAUACGGGGGUACUGACGUACAGGCAUCUAUGGAGAGUAUUUGCAACCUUCCUUUUCUCGAAGAUGAUGCUGCGCUGGGCAACAAUCCGGUUGUGUUCGGAGAAUGGUCCUUGUCAACCCAAUUCACAGCUACGGACGAAUUCCUCUACAAAUUUGCGGAUGCUCAGAAACUAGCCUUUACUAAGGGUGCCGGUUGGAUUUUCUGGAGCUUCAAGGUAGAGAUAUCGACUCUGGCUGGUGACCUCGCCAGACAAUGGUCAUACUUGGAAGGCGUUAAACGAGGCUACUUCACCCGUGAUCCAUCGAAAGUGAAUGAUACACACGUCUGUGAUAGUUACGUUUAG